UCAUGUAGUUCUUUUAUAAGCAUUGUAUUACCAUUUCUUAUUUGCUUCAAUUAGAUAUCUUUACUAUCUAGCCAUGACUAAUAACUUGAUGCUAGUACUAGCAUGUCUAACUUCACUAACUUGUUCAACAAUGUGUUUGAGCAAGGGAGGAGAAAGUUAUGUUCGCGAUGCAUGUAGUGUGACUCGAUAUCAGGACCUCUGCCUUCACUCGUUAGCAUCAUUCUCGAGGACGGCCAAGGACAACCCUAGCAAGUGGGCCCGGGCCGGGGUCUCUGUGACAAUAAGCCAAGCCAAGGGUGUCACUCAAUUCUUGUUGAAAUUGAGGAAAAGCAAUUUCUUGAAAGGGAAAAGUAGAGUUGCUAUUUUAGAUUGUGUUGAAUGUUUGCAAGAUGCACUUGACAAUCUACACAAUUCAUUAGGGGUGCUAAGAAAACUUAGUAGCCAAGCUUUUAAUGACCAAAUGGGGGAUGUGACCACUUGGUUAAGUGCUGCUCUAACUGAUGAAGACACUUGCUUAGAUGGACUUGAAGACAAAAAGAGAAAACAAGUUAAGUUACUCUUGAACAAAGUCACAAAUGUGAGUUAUAUGACUAGUAAUGCACUUGCUUUAGUCAACAAACUUGCAACAACAGGACCACAAUGCUUAGAAAAUUCAUAGUAGGACUUGCAGUUUUUCCUUAUUAGUCACUGCUUUGAAGUACCCUUUUUUUUCUCAAGUUACGUUGAGCGUCUAUUAGAAGCAGCUUCUCUAUCUCUGUACACUCUAUGACACUCUAUUCUCUCCAGACCCCCCACGUAUCUCGUUGUUGUUGCAAACCAGUUACUACUAAAGGUUAAGAGUAUGUAAUGUAAAAAAGACUUUGUAUUUUCCAUGUAAGAUUUUCUUUUUUUCCAAUAAAAAACAGAUUAGUUUCUUGAACCUCA